AAUGAGUUACCGGCAAGUCUACCUCUGGUUAUCCACGCCUUGGUCAUCUCCCGCCUCGAUUACUGCGAGUUCCUCCUCACUGGUCUCCCGUUACAUAUUUCAUCCCUCCUUCAACUCAUCCACCUUAUUAACCGUUCUGUAUCUGCCACCCCUCUCUGCCAAUCCCUCCACUGGCCUCCACCAAGUGUCCUUCGUCCCUCUCUGCCAAUCCCUCCACUGGCCUCCACCAAGUGUUCUUCGUCCCUCUCUGCCAAUCCCUCCACUGGCCUCCACUCAGUGUUCUCCACCCCUCUCUGCCAAUCCCUCCACUGGCCCCCAUUCAGUGUUCUCCACCCCUCUCUGCCAAUCCCUCCACUGGCUUCCACUCAGAGUUCUCCACUCUCUCUGCCAAUCCCUCCACUGGCCUCCACUCAGUGUCCUCCACCCCUCUCUGCCAAUCCCUCCACUGACCUCCAUUCAGUGUCCUCCACCCCUCUCUGCCAAUCCCUCCACUGACCUCCAUUCAGUGUCCUCCACCCCUCUCUGCCAAUCCCUCCACUGGCCCCCAUUCAGUGUCCUCCACCCCCCUCUGCCAAUCCCUCCACUGACCUCCACUCAGUGUCCUCCACCCCCCUCUGCCAAUCCCUCCACUGGCUUCCACUAACCCAACAUAUAAAAUUAAAAAUACUAACCACAAGGUACAAAUCCAUCCACAACACUGCCCCUAGCUACAUCACCAACCUCAUCCACAGAUACCACCCAAAUCGCCCACUCCGCUCCUCCCAUGAUAUCCUCCUCUCGUCACUUCCUCCCACGCCCACCU